UCGCCGUUUCAGACACUGGGGGCAGAGCACAGCACCUUCUCUUGUCUCCGUCCCAGGUUCUGCGAACUCCACAGCAGCCUCUGAGGCCGCCCCGACAGAGCGUCAGGAUGGCCGAGGAGAAGAGUGAAAAACUAGCGCUGGAAGAAACUGCAUUUGAGGAAAUAGAAAAAGAUUUUCAGGAGGUUCUUGGCGAACUUGCAGGAGACAAAAGUCUGGAAAAAUUCAGGGUUGAAUAUGAGAAGCUUCAUUCUGUCAUGAAAAAGUCUUAUGACAAUGAAAAGCGUUUGAUGGCCAAGUGCAGAGAACUGAAUGCGGAGAUUGUGGUGAAUUCUGCAAAGGUCGCCACUGCUCUGAAGCUCUCUCAGGAUGAUCAGACAACCAUCGCCUCCCUGAAGAAGGAAAUCGAAAAGGCCUGGAAGAUGGUAGACUCGGCCUACGAUAAGGAACAGAAGGCCAAGGAGACAAUUCUGGCCCUGAAAGAGGAAAUAGUGAACCUGACCAAACUCGUGGAACAGGGAUCUGGUCUGUCAAUGGACCAGGAUACCAAUAUCCGAGAUUUACUGAGGUUCAAAGAGGAAGUGACAAGGGAGCGAGACCAACUCCUGUCGGAGGUGGUGAAGUUACGGGAGACCUUAGCUCAGACUAUGGAGCAGCACCAGCAGACGGAGCGCGCCAAGGAGAAUGCAGAGAACACCAUCAAUCAGUUCCAACAGGAAAUCCAGUAUCGUCAGAACGAAGCUUCGCGCGAGUCUCGGAAGAAGGAAAGACUGGAGAAAGAGCUCAAGCAGGUCCAGAUGGACAUGGACACCAGGCAGACGGAGAUCAAGGCCCUGCAGCAGUACGUUCAGAAAAGCAAGGAGGAGCUGCAGCGGCUGGAGCAGCAGCUGAAGGAGCAGAAGAUACUGAAUGAGAGGGCUGCUAAGGAACUUGAACAGUUUCAGAUGCGGAAUUCCAAACUUCAGCAAGAGAAUGAGCAGCACUCUUUGGUUUGUGAGCAGCUGUCCCAGGAAAACCAGCAGAAGGCAUUGGAGCUCAAGGCCAAAGAGGAAGAAAUCCAUCAGAUGCGCGUGGAUAUUGGGAAGCUGAACAAAAUUCGAGAACAAAUCCACAAGAAGUUGCACCAGAUUGAAGAUCAAAAGGGGGAAAUAGAACAGCAAAAGGAAACCUUAAAAAAUCAGAUCUUGGGAUUAGAGAGAGAGGUGGAGACAUCAAAGAAACAAGCAGAGCUUGAUAAGAAAGCCAUGGAUGAGCUUCUGAGAGAAAGGGACAUACUAAAUAAGAAUAUGCUUAAGGCAAUCAGUGCAACCCAGAAGCAGAUAGACCUGGCAAGACUCCAUGAGCAAGCCAAGAGAAAUCUGGAGGAAGAAAUCCAGACCUAUAAGGAAGAGGCCCAGAAGCAGAGAAAGAUCAUCUUUCAGCUGGAAAAGGAGCGCGAUCGCUACAUUAAUGAAGCCAGUGAUCUCACCCAGAAGGUCCUUAUGAGCAUGGAAGACAUAAAAGUCCGUGAAAUGCAGAUUUUUGACUUCAGAAAAAGAAUAGCUGAAUCAGAGACUAAAUUGAAGCAGCAACAGAACCUGUACGAAGCCGUGAGGUCGGACAGGAAUCUCUACAGCAAAAAUUUGGUUGAGGCACAGGAUGAAAUAACAGAAAUGAAGAGAAAGUUAAAGAUUAUGACCCAUCAGGUAGACCAGCUUAAAGAAGAGAUCUCUGCUAAGGAGUCCGCACUUGUGAAGUUGCAUCUGGAACAGCAGCGGAUAGAAAAGGAGAAGGAAACACUGAAGGCUGAGCUGCAGAAGCUGAGACAACAAGCCAUGGAGACCAAACACUUCAUUGAAAAGCAAGAGGCCGAAGAGAGAAAACUCCUGCGAAUCAUUGCUGAGGCCGACGGGGAGAGGCUAAGGCAGAAGAAGGAAUUAGACCAGGUGGUCAGUGAACGAGACAUUCUAGGAUCUCAACUCGUACGGCGCAAUGACGAGUUAGCUUUGCUGUAUGAGAAGAUCAAGAUCCAGCAGUCUGUGCUGAAUAAAGGCGAGAGCCAGUACAACCAGAGAGUGGAGGACAUGAGGAUCCUCAAGCUGGAGAUCAAGAAACUUCGCCGGGAGAAGAGGAUUCUGGCCAGGAGUGUGGCCAAUGUAGAAGAACUCAGGCAGGAGCUUUUUCACGUGCAAAGAGAAUUCCUGAAGGAGAGGACCAGGUGCCGGGCCCUGGAGGAGGAGCUGGAGAACCCCAUGAACGUGCACAGAUGGAGGAGGCUUGAGGCCAGUGACCCCAGUACCUUCGAGCUGAUACAGAAAAUUCACACCCUGCAGAAGCGCCUCAUUAGCAAGACGGAGGAGGUGGUGGAGAAAGAGCUGCUUCUCCAGGAAAAGGAGAAACUGUAUGUGGAACUGAAACACAUCUUGGCCCGGCAGCCUGGCCCUGAGGCUGCAGAGCAGCUCCAGAUCUACCGGCAUACGCUGCAGGAGAAGACCAAGCAACUUAAAGUUUUGUCUUCAGAAUUGAAUAUGUAUGAAUCACAGAGCCAAGAAUAUAAAUACGAGAUUGAGAAACUUGGCAAUGAAUUGGCAAAUUUGAAGAAGAAAUACCUGGCUCAGAAACGUAAAGAAAUGCUUCAGAAAAGCAAGGAGAGACUACCCACAGAAAACACUGUCUCAGCGAUCAAACCAGCCACUCGUUACACUGGGGGUGGAUUUCCCCUCAACAAAUUCUUUACAACGCCAUCUUGAAGCCUCUGGCUGGGUCCAGUUGAGCAGCUCAUGAAACUUGCCCUGGAACAUUUUUGAAGGAAUUGUUUAUAGCCCUUGGAUCACAGAUAUCUAGGAAAACCAGGUGCUCAGAUUUUAAGAUGGGAAAAAAAAUCACAAUUGUCACAGCUAUGUACUUCUGAGUGAUGACAUUGUGCCUUUGCCAUAUGGACAUUAAUGGUUGUAAUUAUAACUGUUCAAUUAGGCUACCCAUCACAUGAAGCAGAACUUUUGUUACAACCACAUUGAUAUAGUGGAAACACAUUGGAUGCAGAUACUCCAGAUCGAUGAAGCUUUGGAAAUUAAUUUCUCUAUUACAGAUAUUUGCACACUUGAAAUUUUUAUAGGUAAAAAUAUUUUUGAAAUUCAAUGCAUCUUCUCCUCUCUUAUUUAAAAGAUUAUUUUAAUUAUUCUUCAUUAUCAAGUUAUUGUAUAAAAUGGGAGAGAAGGACAAACUCUCAGGUAUUUACAAAAGUGUUUUUGAAUGAUUUUCAUGUGGAAUUUCUUUUCAGGCCUGGGAUAACAAAAUCUAGUCCAAAGAGACAUGCCAAAAAUAGUUCAUCAUUAAAAAAAUAAAUGAGAACCGUUACAGAUA